CGGAAGCGGGUGGCAACAUGGAGGAGGCUGCUGAGGAGAGAAGCAACCUGGCUGGGGUGCAGCACAUUCUGCUGGUGCUCUCUGGGAAGGGUGGCGUGGGGAAGAGCACCAUCUCCACCCAGCUGGCUCUGGCCCUGAGGCACUCUGGGAAGAAGGUGGGGAUCCUGGAUGUGGACCUGUGUGGCCCCAGCAUACCCCGCAUGUUCCAGGUGCAGGACAGCGACGUGCACCAGUGCAACAGUGGCUGGGUCCCCGUCUUUGUGGGACAGGACAAGAACAUCUCCCUCAUGUCCAUAGCCUUCCUGCUGGAGAAGCCAGAUGAUGCCGUGGUGUGGAGGGGACCCAAGAAAAAUGCUUUGAUCAAACAGUUUGUUGCUGAUGUGGCUUGGGGUGACCUGGACUUCCUCAUUGUGGACACACCACCAGGCACAUCAGAUGAGCACAUCUCCACAGUGGAGGCCUUGAGGCCUUAUAAGCCCCUUGGAGCAAUCCUGGUCACAACACCUCAGGCCGUGUCUGUGGGAGAUGUGAGGCGAGAGUUGACAUUCUGCAAGAAGACAGGCUUGAAGGUUCUGGGCAUUGUGGAGAACAUGAGUGGCUUUGUCUGCCCCCACUGCUCGGAGUGCACAAACAUCUUCUCCAAAGGGGGAGGUGAGGAGCUGGCCAAACACGCUGGGGUCCCUUUCUUAGGCUGUGUUCCCCUGGACCCCCAACUCAGCCAGAGCUUGGAAGAAGGCAAAGAUUUCAUUCAAGAGUUUCCUAAGAGCGCUGCCUUCCCAGCCUUGGCUCACAUUGCCCAACAGGUCUUGGAUGAGACAUGGCAGCAGAGCUCCUGAGGAGGGGAUGGAACUGGACUUUUGCUGGCAGAGCCCCUGGCCUGGCAUCUUCUGGUUGGGAAAGGGGAUGCAGAAGCUCUUAAAAACUGUCUCCUGGGGUCAAUAACAGAGGGAGGGCAGAGCACAGUGUUAGUGUCACUCAUGGUGAUCCAAAAAGGGAAGAACUGCUCCACCCCUUGUGGGUUCUCCAGACUCUCCUGCCCAAUGCUGGGGGGCUGUGGCUCUGCCCUGAGGCUGAGGGAUUUCUCCAUGGACAGCCCUUGUGCUUGGGGACCUUCUUUCCACAGCAUCUUGCAUGCUGUGGUUGCUUCAUCUGGUGUGGCUUCAGCAGCAAACACCAUCAGCUGCUCUCCCCUCCCUGAGCCUCAAGCACCUCCAUCAUCUGUACUGUGGCUCCAUGUGCUGUUGCCUUCUCAGUUUUUGGAUAUUUGCUGUCUUUCUGAUAUUUUGGAUGGAAUUUUGGUACUCGGGAGGUGGUGCUGGAUGCUCUGAUGGGGACCCAAGCCAGGUCACCUUGCUCUGACAUCAGGGAUCACUGGUGGCUGACAAGGGCACGGCAUGUUCUCUGCAUGAGAUGUCUUUAUAAGAUCCACCACCUACCUGGGGGCUGCAUCCUGCCAGGCUGGAAGCAUGAGGCCUUUUUGGUUGGCUGGGGUUUCUCAUAACUCAGGAAUAUUUUUUUAAAGGUCCUAAGCAGUAAACACUUCUUAAAAUCCAA